UGUUGCAAGAAUGAAACAAUUAUUUAUCAUUGUACAAUUGAAAAAUUUAGUUCAAAAGAACGAUUUCAAUGAAUAAAUAAUUACUGGAAAUGACUUUGAACUACACGAUAAAGCGAUUUUACUUUGAUGUAAGAACAAGAACAAAACAUUGAUAACAACUGGGGAGUUGGUUCAGAUUUAAACUGACUAGACACUGGGUUUAAUCUUACUCUGAGGAUUACAGAAAUACGCAAGAGAUACGCUUAUGAUCAGAAUACAUAAUUUAGAUGUGGUUUAUUUGAUAGAAAUAAAAACACAAUGUUUAUUUGAUCAUAACUGUGGAUAUUACAUGAUUUGUAGUUAUUUAGGAGAAAAAUCUUGUUCAGCUAAUGGAUAACAUGACAUAUAUUAAUUGAACAUUUCGGUGACCGAUGCUCCGUUAAGUGGAAUGUCGAUUCUGAAAAUACUUUAUGACAAGCGCUGAUGUACCGAAGCUUCUAAUAUAUGUGAAUGGAUUUUGUAGUAUUAGAAAAAAUUGGAUUUCUUAAUUGGAAAUGCUCAAAAUAUGUUGUAUCGGCAAUGGAGAUAUUUUGUUUAAGAAAAUUUCAUCAUAUGUUAAUAUUAGUUAUAAUUCAAGUUGUGUUUGUUAUUUAUACUGAAGGGGAAUAUCUAAAUGAUCAAUUAAAGGAAUUCGAGCAGUUCGUAAAGCAUACAGUGAAAUGUCGAAACAUCCCUGGUUUGGCAGUUUCCCUUGUAAAAGAUGGCGACGUUCUGUUUUCGCGGGGUUACGGGUUUUCCGAUAUUGCAAAAGGGACCAAAGCGACGGAACACACCCAUUUCUGUAUAGGAUCGCUGACGAAAGCCUUUACGAGUACGCUUCUGGCUGACAUUUUAUCUAAAGACAACAAUUUAACAUGGAACACGCGGAUACGGGACCUACUGGGACCAUCUUUUGAACUAAGUGACAAGCUUCGUACAGAUCAUGUCACCAUCCAAGAUAUUCUGUCUCACAGGAUUGGAACACCAUCAAAUUUUCAUCCUCUUCUUGUGGGAUUUCCUGGUAACUUAUCGAGAGCAGAAUUAGUCAAGAAACUUCAGUAUAUGCCGGCACAGAGUGAAUUUCGUACAAAGUUUCACUACAGCAACUACAUGUAUUUGCUGGCGGGACAUGUGGCAGAAGUUAUUACCGGAGAAUCGUGGGAGAAGCUGGUUGCUGACCGUCUAUUUAACCGACUGAGCAUGCGUAGUACAGGCUUUGUUGACAAUGGUCUAGGACUGGGUUCGAUUGCAGUUCCUUAUGUCUCUAAACUAGGAGAACUUGUUGCAAUCGAUAAAGAGCUGUUACUGACUGUGACUCCGUCAGGGCCUGCUGGUUCUAUAUACUCCACUGCUAGCGAUAUGGCAAAAUGGAUGCUAUUUCAUCUAAAACAUGGGAAAAACCAUCACGGAACACAGGUGGUUGAUGAAAAAUGGUUACAGGAUACAUACCAAUCCAAGAUGCCGCACCCAUUUAAAGAAAGAGAUUUGACGAAGCCGAAAUAUCCAGUCAGUGACGUCACUCUAUCUUACGACAUGGGAUGGAUGUCGUCCGUCUACAGGGGUUAUCGUAAAUUGUGGCAUUCUGGCGGAAUUGUGACAUUCAUCAGUCAAUUAUGGUUGUUUCCUGACGUGAACGCCGGCUUGUUUGUUACUGCUAGUGGCCCACUGUCUUCACAAGGGUCUGCUGCAGUUAAGAAUAUCGCCGCACGAGCAUCGGACUUGCUGUUAGGAUUGGAACCGUGGCUGAACCUUUCAACUACAUGUACGUCUCCUGCUCCCUGGGAGGAGCCUUCACCGGAACAACUCGCUAAACCGGAAGUCACGUAUACAUGGAAUAUUUCUCGUAGAUAUUCAGAUUUUAUUGGAAUUUAUGGAAAUAUGGGCUUUGGAUCUAUUACUGUGUACGUGGAAAAUGAAAAAAAUCUAAUGUUAAAAUAUGGUAGAUUUGGAAAAAUGAAAAUAUUGCCAGUUUCUGAUGACGAUUUCAUAGGAUACUAUGUGGAUAAAUUGUGGUUUGUUACAAACUGUGAUGGAAAUAUAAAUCCUAUUUCAUUUACGUUUGUUAGCAGAAGUGACAACGUUGUGACUGGAUUAUUAUUCCCGAUAGAUUUCCACUUAAAUAAGACAUUGUUUUUGAAGGGGUCAAUGUACGAUUCAAAACGAAAUUCGUCACACCAGCCUUACAUUCUUUAUACCUCAACUGCCUGUUACUCAGGACAUGCAUCGACAACAAGAGUAAUUUCAUUGGAAGUUAUUGUGCUCAGUUUGUGUUUAUACAUUGAUGUUCAUUUCAGAUUCAGAUAAAGUUUAUCAUUCAAAAAGUAUAUAGGCAUGAGCAGAAUUCCGAAUGCAUUUAGCACGGGUAAUCCUCUAGAAGCAACUCGUGUAAAUGAUAAAAAGACAAAACCAAGUGAGAAUUAAGUUAGCGAUUCAAUAUAACACUGACAGAACUGCCGCCAGUGACCAUUGGAUGGCCGACGGUUAAAUAUAUUUGGAGAGUUGUCAUAUGGUGUUCGCGAUUGACAUUAUUUCUUCUCCGUUAAGUGUCUGUAUAUAUAAAUAGCUUUUUUCGUUGUAAAUAUAUAUUCAUCAGCCGUUUGGUGAAAGGAAAUGGAAAGUAGAACAGACGAAGAUUAUGUCUUAUUUAGUGUGAUUUUCUAUCACACUUUGCUCGGUACAAUUCCGUAAAUUUUAACAGAGUACCUUAAAGUUGACAGUUGCAACACUGUCAUCUUUUGAACCCCAACUUACAAAUCAUUUUGCACUGCACAACCUAAGGGUAAACAUUUACUGUCGUCAUUAAGAGCUUUGAUCAUUCCCAGAAGGACUCCUCUAAGUCUAUAUUAAUUGAUUUUGUUAAUUGAUGUUUAUUUUGAGACCAUUGUUUUGCCCAGGAUUUUAUCGAAAUUAUCAUUCUGUACGCUGCUGUACAGGAUAAUAUAAUAAUCGACUGCUACACAAUGGAAACUCGCUUUGACAAGUGAUGUGCGGGUAUCGACUAAAACGAGCUUCAAUAGUUUCUUCUGCGAGCCGUUUCAUGAUCAAACGAAACAGGAAACGUUUGUGCAGGAACAGUAUGUCUUAAGAUGCAUUGUAGUUUUUUAAUUAUCUAUAUUUCUAUACUAGUUAAUUUUUCAUAUAAUGUUACUAAAGUCUUAUGAUAUACAAGAUGUAUAGAACAUUGACAGCAUUCAUACGUGAGCAUCGCAUAAAAACAGGUAAAAUCGGGCAAUAUACUCUGGGAAUGACACUGUUUUUGUCUAAUAUAAUGUUCUCCAUUCCUUAGUAUUAAAGGGUAUAACUAACGUUAAAAAAAUUAUGCACAGUACUUAGUAACCUAUAAUGAUCAAUAUCAGAACGUCUACAUAUAGUAUUUUAUUUAUACAUAGGAUCAUAUCACAAUUGUCUUUGAUUGUUACAAAACAUU